UCCUUUUUCUUUGUUUUAAUUCGUUCUUUUUUCUGAAUUCUAUCAAAUCUGAACGAAAAAUAAUUAAACUGCGCUUUCUUGAAGCGAUUAAAAAAAAAAAAAAAAGAUGAUCAAAAUCUCUCUCUUUCCUUUUCGUCCUUAUGGAUUCACACCUUCCAUUCACACCAACCUUCAUAUAAUCAAAGCUUUAUCCUUCUCUUUCUUUCUUUGAGUCCCAUCGGCUUUUCCGAACCACAAAAGCUUCAUCUUCACGAUAGCGCUUUUGUUUAAGAUUACGUUUGUUGUCAUGGAACAUCAUCCUCAUCAUUUCCAACAUCACCACCAGCAGCAACAUCAUCCCCAGCAGCUUCAGCUUCAGCUUCAACAACAACAGCAGCAGCAGCUUCAACAGCAGCAUCCUAGUACUGCAACUGUACAGGUGGACGCGAGUGAUAGGUUUCCUCAAUGGAGCGUUCAGGAGACGAAGGACUUGCUUCUGAUCAGAGCCGAGCUCGAUCAGACUUUUAUGGAGACAAAGAGAAACAAGCUUCUGUGGGAAGUGAUUUCUACGAAGAUGAAGGAAAAGGGUCACCAUCGCAGCGCAGAACAGUGCAAGUGCAAGUGGAAAAACCUCGUUACUCGUUACAAGGGUUGUGAGACAAUGGAGCCGGAAGCUAUGAGGCAGCAAUUCCCGUUUUACAAUGAGCUACAAGCGAUUUUCGCUGCACGGAUCCAGAGAAUGCUGUGGGCAGAAGAAAGCGGAGCUGCAAGCGGGUCGAAGAAGAAAACUCUUUCUUCAGACGAUGAGGAAGAUAACGAGGAUAGCGAGGCAGAGAAUAAGGGAAGCACGGCGAGGAACAAAAAGAAAAAGGUGAAGAUGAGCAAUAUCGGAAGCAGCGGUACUAGUGGGAGUGCAAGUGGAAAUAAUGUGAGGGAGAUAUUGGAGGGGUUCAUGAAGCAACAAAUGCAAAUGGAAAUGCAAUGGAGGGAAGAGUUUCAAGCAAGGGAGAACGAGAGGCGGUUAAAGGAGAUGGAGUGGAGGCAGAGGAUGGAAGCGUUGGAGAACGAGAGGAUAAUGAUGGAGACGAGAUGGAGGGAGAGGGAGGAGCAAAGGAGAUUGAGGGAGGAGGCUAGAGCCGAGAAGAGGGAUGCUCUUAUAACUGCUUUGCUAAACAAGCUUAGAAGAGAGGAUAUGUAGCAAGCAUUAUGAAGACCCGGUUUAGAGGUUUGUUAAUUAAUUCUCAAUUAGCUAGAAACUGGAACUAAUCAUUUUGGACAUGUCCAUUAUGAUGAUACUGAUCCAUCUUCUUCUGUUUUGCCUACUGAGGCUUUUCAUUAAUUUAUUGCUAGCUAGUUAGUGAAAGAAAGGUUCAUUCGUUC